ACAGAAGGAAGGAGAAAGAGAGAGAGAGAGAGAGCGCGCGGCACCGUGUCCCGCAUCCGCACACGCUCGCACGAGUAACGAACGUACGAACGCACUCGGCGCGGAGAAAGGAGAGCCGGCCAUAUUUCGCGCUGGUACACGCUCGCGUGUGCAUACGCAGCCCGUGACCGUGCCGUGUGUGUCCUCCGUCUCUUUCCUUUUCUCUCUCUUGCGCGCGCGCGCGCGCGCCCGACCGACCGACUCGUCCGCCGGAGUCUCUCUCCCUCGUCCGGGCGCCCCGAUUUUCUUGUCCUCUCGUUUUUCUUCAUCCCCCGCCGUCCCCUCCGCCGACCCGCUCGCACACGACUCCCCUCUCGGCCGUCACGGCGCGCACGCACAUCCUCUCCGUCUCCGUCCCGCGGCUAAUUUUUGUCAUCUACACUUGUACGCCCGAGACGCCCGUAAGACUCCUCCACCUUCGCCGGUUUACCUCGCGUCCGCUCGCUCCGCCGUCGCGUGUUAUCUAUUUAUCUAGCGUAUCUGAGUCGCUCGAACGUCCGUGAAUUUAUCUCCCUCUCUCUCUCUCUCUCGCUCUUUCUCCCCCCCCCCCCUCCUCUCUCUCGAUCCAGCGACUAUCUAUCCGUUUCGCUCUCUCGUCAGUCUCGUCUCGCGCCAUCCCCCUCGCGCGUUGCGCGCUCCUCUCUCUUUCUCUCUCCCUCCGCCCGACUCGGCUCCGUCUUCCUCUCUUUCCCGUGCGCCCGCUCGCUCGGCUACACCACGGCUCAUUCGCUCCCGGUGCUAUGUCUACGUACUCUCGUACCCAGGAGAGCGACGCGUGGGCCCUACUGGCACUCAAGUCGGCGCCGGCCAGCCCGUCGAAGAUGCAGUGGAACCCGGAGGCGAGCGGGGCGCCGAUCGCGCGGCUCGAGGCCCGCGAGUUCGAGUACAUGGUUAGGCAGCGGCGCAUCACGAUCGGCCGCAACAGCAGCAAGGGUGAGGUCGACGUCAACAUGGGCCACUCCAGCUUCAUCUCGCGCCGGCACCUCGAGAUCUUCUACGAGCACCCGCUCUUCUUCAUGGUCUGCAACGGCAAGAACGGCGUGUUCGUCGACGGGGUAUUCCAGCGCAAGGGCGCCCCAGUCUUUCAACUGCCAAAGACAUGUACAUUCAGAUUUCCAAGUACAACGAUAAAGCUGCUGUUCCAGUCGCUAGUCGACGAGCAGGAGCAGAGCAACAUUCGCGUGCCCUCCCCGCCGAAGCAGCGGGCGCUGCUGCCGCCGCUGCGGAUAAACAUCCCGGACGCCGGGUACAGCAGCCCGUUCCCGUCGCCCACGGGGACGAUAAGCGCCGCUAACUCGUGCCCGGCGAGUCCGCGCGCCGGCCAGGGCAGGCGGAACAUCUCGGCGGACCUGCAAAUGGUCGCGGCGUACGCGGCGGGGAUGGCAAACGACUCGCAGACCCCCGCGUUGGACAGGCACAGCCUGGAGAGGCACGACGGCGGUGGCCAGAGCUCGAGCAGGCAGAUAAGCCCGGAGCCCGGCGCCGACGCGCGUUACCGAGGUGGUAACAGCUCCGGGCCGAACGGCACCGCGCCGCACUACAGUCCGCCGAAGGACGACUCGAAACCGCCGUACUCGUACGCGCAACUGAUCGUCCAGGCGAUCGCCUCGGCGCACGACAAACAGCUCACCCUCUCGGGCAUCUAUUCGUACAUCACCAAGCACUAUCCCUAUUAUAGGACCGCGGAUAAGGGCUGGCAGAAUUCUAUACGGCACAACCUAUCGUUGAACCGUUACUUCAUCAAGGUGCCCAGGAGUCAGGAGGAACCGGGGAAAGGUUCCUUCUGGAAGAUAGAUCCUCAGUCGGAGACCAAGCUCAUCGAGCAGGCUUUCAGACGAAGACGGCAGCGUGGCGUACCCUGUUUCCGCGCGCCCUUCGGGACGCUGUCGUCAAGAAGUGCCCCGGCGUCGCCGUCUCAUGUAGGAAUUAGUGGCUUAAUCACGCCCGAGUGUCUGAGCAGAGAGACGUCUCCCGGGCCCGAAUCCUAUCCGGACAGCUCGGUACCUUCUCCAGCUGGACAACUCGCGACGAGUCAGUCGGCGCCCGGCUCACCUGGACAUCCGUACACGCCGUCUCAGCCGACUCACAAGGGACGCCUGAUGCAAACAAUAGUGACAAAUGGCGUCAGUGGCGACGCCGCAGGUAGAGAAGAAAAAUACUUGGUGCCUGGGAGCGCCGUAGAGGACCAUUCUUUAUCUCCGGCUGGCCAGUACAGUCCAGCUCCUGUUAUUGUACAAACAACAUAUAAUUACAGUGGAAAUUUUAUCAGCCCCGAUGCUGGCAUCGGGGGGGUUAGCAAACGCACCCACGAAGAAUCUGACAGCUCGCCAGGUUCGCCGGCCCCGCUCGCGAUCGUCGAGAGCCCCGAGCCUCCUGAACAUCAGCCAUCGCAAUCCAAACGUCAACGUAUCCAUGAAAUGGACGAUCAUUGAACUGAUAAAACUAGUAUCCUGUUACGUAGAACAUUACAUUUACAUUAUUUGCCUGUCGUCGAACAUACACACACACACACAGACACACAUACACACACUGCAAACUUCAUUUUAUUUUAACCGCAUAACCCGCUUUAGACUGCACAUAAUCGAGAUCGAGCGUCAGUUCUAUGUUCUCGCGAGAACUGCGAGAAACUGUUGUGUGUACGAGUCCGCAAAAGAAAAUCAACCUGAGAGAAAGAACGACGAGCAGAAGACACUUUUCCUGUCCUUCUAGACUUCAUGUUCUCGACAUGAUUUUCUUAACAACAGUCAAUGUACAUAAGAUAUAUAUACUUUAUUAAAUGCUUUCUCUUUAUGACUUGUUAACUUCGGCAGAAGAUAUAGUAUAUAUGUAUAUGGAGCUUAUUUGAUCGAAGGUCAUCCAAAAUAGUAACAGCAGUUGUUGCGCCGACACAUCAAAUUGCAAUAAUGUGAUGCGGUAACGUGCCAUUCAGCGUUUAGCCGAUACAUAAGAUAGACAAAGAGGAAACGUUAUCCAGUGUAAUUCCAAUCGGAACGGAGCGAAGAGAAGUGGUGCGUUUAUCCGUAGCUGAAUCCGCUGACCGACAUCCGUUUCACGCGCGUGAAAUUUCUGUUUUUUGUAUUAUCGCUUGCACCCGCUUGGCGUCGUCAUCACGACUAGCGAAGAUUAACGAUAGGCAAAGUGAUAAGAAGAGCGUGAAAAAUAAUAGAUUAUUACAAUUAGCGCUUUUUAAGACGCUCAAUCGUUUUAUCUGAGGGCGAGAUAAGACACGGUACACUAUCAGUGCGACAGCGAGAAGACCGAUAAAGAAACAGGUGGACAAACCGACGAGCUUCUGUAGCGUUGACGAUACGGUUCUCUGUCCGAGAUUGUUGCCAGAGCCAGAGAAAGCAAAAUAGAGCCUUGUGAUGUCUCACAUUAUAUAAUUAAUGUAAGGGGUGCGAUUUUCUGGCAUAGCGGAACCUAAUUCGUGCCGAUCGAGCGGUACAUUUCGCCAACUCCCCCGACGGGGAGUUUACGUGCUCGCCUCGCAAGUCAAACGAGCGAGAGGGGAGGGGGGGGGGGAGAAAUUUGUGAAGGAUUUUUUGAAUUUUCCGUCAUCCAAGGUUCUCGCGGCCCUUCGAACAUGUGGCGUGAGCCGCAACGGGAACGGCACACCCAAUUCGAUCGUCUUGCGAUAGUCCUCUAGUUUUGAAUACUGGGGGAAAAUUGCUUCGGAUAAAAAUGGGCAAUGACGAGACGCGGUGGAGGAAGGUCGGGCCGUGAGUCGAAGCGAGGGUUUCGCGGGGCGACGUGUCGAAGGGGAGGCGCGGUCGACGAUAAUGAUGCCAAACUCGACUAAUGAUUUCUCCUGCGAUCGGUUUACUUUUCUCGUGCAAUCGUAGUUAAUCGUAACCCGCCGAUUCCCCCUAGAGCAUCGGCGUUAGGCAAGAUAAAAAUAAACACAAAAAGUAAAUAAACAGGAAAAAAAACGACACACAGUAGCGUUAGACUUACGGUGGAGCAAGGAGGGGGCAGGAUUGGACGUAGUUGUUAUAUACCGAGAUCGGAGAGGAGCGUGGUGCAAUAAAGAGGCAAAAAAAAAAGAAAAGAGAAAAGAAAGGGAAGAAAAAACGAAGUUUAUUUUUCGCACCUUUCGCGAGAAGCGAGCGUACGGCGCGUUCUAUCUGAAACGUUUAUUUUUCUAUUAGUCGGACGUACACGAGCACAACAAAGGGUCGGGACUUGGACGAUACUGGUAGACGGAUUAUACACGCUGUACAGUGUUGAUACCAUACGUGUCACGAGCUACGUAUGCCGCUAUUAUUAUACAUAUACGUACAUACGUGAGCGAGAUACGUGCGCGCACACGGCAUGGCGCGCGCGUACGCGUGUGCGUGAGAGAUCGAUACGCGUGACGGGACACGUGCGCGACAUACACAUAUACACACACAACAAACACACAUACACCUUUCCUGACAUCACCGAUGUGCAUGUAUGUGUGCAUAUGUAUAAUAACGCAAUAAAAUUAAUACAAUUACAAAUCGUCA